GUACUGGCACCCUCGAAUUUGCUCAAGCAGUGGGUGGAUGAAAUUCAGAAAUUCACGGGUGGCCAUGGAGCAGAUGGGGCGGCUGCUGGCCUCAAGGUGCUGGAGAUUGGCACCGCCACACAGUUGAAAGCGCUUACAGUGGAUAAGAUCAGCAAAGCG